AUGGGUCACCAUCCAAGCCAUUCAAGAUGGAGAAGGGACUCAGACAAGGGGCCGGACCCACUUUCGCCACUUCUGUUCGUGCUAGUUGUCGAUGUUUUGUAUAGGAUGUUGGGGGAAGCUGUGAGGAAUGGGCGCAUUGCUCCACUGCUGGUAGGGGGAGAUCAUAUUGAACUAUCGCAUUUACAAUUUGCGGAUGACACCAUUUUGUUCUGCCAGCCGGAGACUGAAACAAUUUUCAACUAUAAGCGGCUAUUGUGGUGUUUCGAGUUGAUGUCUGGGCUGAGCAUCAAUUUUAAUAAAUCGAAUCUGAUAUCGGUGAACUGUGAGCAGGGAUGGAUCGAUCAUGCGUGUCGACUACUGGGAUGCCAGCAAGCCGCUUUACCGGUUAGAUACUUGGGGAUUUCUCUAGGAGCGAAUCCGCGCCUUGUGAAGACGUGGAAACCAAUCAUAGAUAAGGUGGAACAGAAGCUUAGCUUAUGGAAAGCGAAGGUGUUGAAUAAAUUAGGUAAGCUUGUCCUUAUCAAACCAGUCUUAAAUAGCCUCCUCAUAUAUUACCUAAGCCUGUACAAGAUGCCGAAGGUGGUGGCGGACAAGCUUAUUGCAUUACAAAGGAACUUUAUGUGGUGCAAGGAGGAUGGUAACUAUGGUAUACCUUUGGUCAAGUGGGAGUUGGCCCAGGCUCCAAAGAAGGCGGGGGGCCUGGGGGUUGGUGACGUAGUGUUGCGGAAUACAGCGCUCCUGUUUAAGUGGUAG